GUGCGCACCGCCACCCGGGCACGCCGCCGUGCGCUUGCGCUCCGCACCCGCCAGCGCCGGACGGGCAGAGUUGCAGGAGCGCUGCGCCGCCGGUGCGUUCUGCGCGGGAUCCGAGCUCCGGGCCGACGCCCGCACGGGGCCAGGACAGGUGGCUGCGCUGGUCCACAGGGCCGCCCUUCUGUCCGCGAUGGGCUGUUCCAGCAGCGCCCUCAACAAGGCCGGCGACAGCAGCGGGCUCCGCAGAGAAGAAAGUGAGUCCUGCUUUGCCCAACCCAAACCACGGACACUGGGAAAAGAAUCCACUCUUUAUGGCAAGGUGGAAAAGGAAAGUCCUCCCCGCUUUGAGAAGCUUAAGAUUUCAGUAGUGUCUACAGCUAACAGUGUUAAAUCUGUCCGUGAACGGCCCCUGGCAAACAGUGCUGCGGAUCCACCAGCAUCCACAGGAGAGGCUCAGCCUCUAGACAGACCCGAGGAGUCAGGGCCACCCCAGCCAGGUGGCAAAGAUGAUACUGCGGGUCUGGGAGGAAAGAAGAAAGACAUGGGAGCGGUGACAGAGGCUCAGCCUUUACAAGGAAAUGCUGAGGCCGAAUCUGGAGGAACAGACCCCAAGUACACCAAGCCUUUGAGGGCCACAGGAGAGAGGGGCUCUCCAGGAGCAGUGGAGGGUACUGAGAAUCCACAAACUGCCAGACAGAUGAAACUUCUAGGAACAUCUGAGAAAAUCCCUCCUCUGGAAGUAGCCAGAGAGCCACAACCUCAAGAAGCAAUGGGCAAAGGUGAACAGACCCAACUCCCAGAAACAGUUCCCAGGGAGAAGGAAUCUCCAGAAGUACUGGAAGGAAGUCAGUUUGUGGAAACAGCUGGAGAGCGGCAACUUCAAGAAACGUUGGGAAAAGAUGAGCAGUCCCAACCUCUAGAAACAAUUCCCGGAGAGAGUGAAACACCGGAAGUGUUGGAAGGAAGUCAGUUUGUGGAAACAGCUGUAAACAGUGAGUUGCUCCAGAAAACUCCCGAAGGUCCCAGAAACAUGGAGCAGAGUCAACUUGAAGGAAUGAUAGCUGGAAGCAUGGAGCAUCCAGUGGGAAUUCUAGAAAUUGGAGCAGAUAUGGAAAUGGUCAGGAAAAGUCACACUAAUGAAGAGGACCAACACAUUGAAGGUGAGACAGGAGAAAAGGUUGGAACAGAGGCGGAGAAUGAGAAAAGAAGUGAAGGGCCUGGAACAAAAGAAGAAGAAACAGGGGAAGCCGUGGAUCUUUCCGCAGCCACAUAGAUUGGCGUGAUCGUAGAAGGAUGAAUGGACACAGUGUGUUGUAACAGAGAAAAAAAUGGACUGAAGUGUGUGGGUAUAGAUCUUAUCUUUUAUCUUAUCUUUUAAUGUGUAUGUAUUUUAUACAAAGAGUGUGGUUAUCAUGUUCUUGAUGUUCUUCUAAGCCAUACACAGUUGUCUUAGGCACUUAGAAUAGUAAUACAUCCAAGACUGCAGCAGCCAUCGCCCAUAACAAGUAGGGUGUACAAUUACUGGAGGGUGAGGGUGUUUUCUUCAUUGUGGUAAUAGGUUUGUUCUGUUUAGAAAAUGAGACUCUAAAAAGAAGGUAUAAGCCUUAGCUGUAGGGGGGUUGGAGAAAGGAGUUAGCACAUAUUAGGGAGCUCAUGAUGAUAAUGUUACAGUUAUAAUUACAAUGGGAUAAGAAAGAACAACAAUGUCAGGGCAAACUAUACCUAGUGUUUCUUUCCUGUGGCAGAAUUUAAAGCUGGUAGGAACCUUGGAAAGUGUGUCCCUCUAGUUACAUCUCAUCUGAAGUCUGUCUACUGCAGCUGACUCUCAUUUAUCACGGUGUGUUAAAUGUGUUAACAAAAUCCUCAUCACAGGAACGCAUCUCUGGUGCUAUUGUAAGAUCAGGCAUUUCGACACCGAAAGGCUACACAUUUUCCAUGUGCCAUUUUGAAUUUUGCACUUACGUGAAGGAUUUCAAUUGGUGUUAUCCUUUCAUCUGACAUUAAAGGUAUUUUAAAUAAAUGGACUUUUAAAUGUAUUUCAGAAGCAACAAACAAUAAGAAUUCAAACCUAGAUUAGGGCGGCACCUGGAUGGGUCAGUCGGUUAAGCAUCCUUCUCUUGAUUUGGGCUCAGGUCAUGAUCUCAGGAUUGUGAAAUCCAGCCCUACACAGGGCUCUGUGUUGAGUUUAGAGUCUGCUUAAGAUUCUCUCUCUCCCUCUCUGCUCCUCCCCACCACUCCUGCACAGGCUCUGUGCGCACUCUCUAAAAACAAGCAAAACACCUAGUUUAGUUGCCUAUGUGAAGUUUAUUCCUUGGGUCCUAUUAUUUUUGUUUGUUUUUAGAUUACUGUGGUUUAAUGUUAGGUAUUAGAGGUAGAAAGGAGCUAAGCAAUUAGAAUUUAAAAACCAUUUAUAAUGGGGCGCCUGGGUGGCUCAGUCAGUUGAGCAUCUACCUUUGGCUCGAUCCCAGGAUUGAGGCCCGCCUCUAGCUCCCUGCUCAUCGGGGAGCCUACUUCUCCAUCUCCCUUUCUCCCCUGGCUUGUGCUCUCUCUAUCCCAAAUAAGCAAAUAAAGUCUUUGAAAAAAUAAAUAAAAACCAUCUAUAAUAUUUCAUUAAUGUUAAAAUGAUGUACCAUUGAAAGUUACUUUUUAAGAAUUCUUCCAAUAUUCCCAAGGGGUUUUGGUAAAAGAUUAUAUAUGAAUGGUAACGAUGAUACCAAUCUUGUCUACCCUUGAGUGCCUUGUGUUCAUGAAUAUCAGGAUAGAAUUAUAUUUUGGAAACACUUGGUGUCUUUUCUUAUUUGCAAAUAUCUAUUUUUUAAGAUAACUGUUCAGAUGAAUUAACUAGACUCUUUUACUUUAGCUUUUAUAUUAAAGUGACUACUAAGAUGACCUGUAAGUAAUUUCAAGAAUAUAGGCUACAGGGAAGAAUUAUCAUCUUUAUUAUGAUUUUAAUAUUAGUUUAUGUUUGUGACUUUAAAGAGGGGAAGUAGACAGCAAGAGGAAGUGCUUGAGUAGGUGAUAUCCUCUUUUCUGCCGAGUUGCUAGAUUGUGAUUUUGUUGAGAGCAAGGACCCUUUUAUGUAUCUUUAAUGCAGGCAUUUAGUCCCUUCAGUGGAACACGAAAGGUGCUUGAUAAAUAUUUGUCAAAUCAGUAAAUGAAUAAUGAAUACCAAGGGCUCCCAUUUACAUUUAAUUCAUUAAAAAAGAAUAGAUUUUAAAGAUCAGUUUGUGUAACACUGACAUUUUCAUGAGGGCUGCUAAGCUCAGUAACAAGCUGUGUAUUUGGUGUAGUUCUGAAAAUGGCACUAUGUUGUGGCCAGGAAGUGAAAUAAAUCAGAACUGAUAGAAUAGCUUUCAAGCUGCCUUUUAUAAUCCAAGGGGGUUUUCCCUGACCAAAAGGUAUUUUUAAACAGAUAUCUAGUAAGUAACAGAUAUCUAGUAAGGAGAAAAUGAUAGUGCUUAGUGUAACUAUGAACGAUCACCUUAAAAGGUAGAAUUGUACUUUGUGUCAAGUACUCAAAUAGUAGGCUUCGUUUACUUAAUAGGCAUGAAGAUCCAUUCUCUGUUGUGUAGGGUUUUUUUUUAAUGGGUAGCAUGUGUUAAAGAGACCUACUCAGAACUGGUUCUUGAAAGAACUCUGUCUCAAAGGCAUUAUUAUAGAGUUAUAAGUUUUCUAAUUGUUUAUUAAUCUUAUUAUUUCCUAUUAAUUUCCAUUUAUUAUUAAUUCCCAUUAAUAAUAAAUUUAAAUUAAUAAUUCUAUUAUCAAUUUCCAUUAAUUACUAAAAUAAUUUAUUCUUAGAUUUUGUAUCUAAAUUUAUAGACAUUUCUGGCACUUUUUAUACUUUGGCCUUUAAUGUGGCUACUAAACAUUCUUAGAAACUGUUC